UUUUGCAUGCAUAUAUUUUGCUGUUUUCUUUCAAUAAAAAUGUAUGGAAAAAAUAGUAAACUUUGUAUUAUCAGAUUUGCAUAUCAAAUGUUAUUAUUUUAAAAAUAAAUUUUACGAAAUGAUUUGUUUGACGAAUAAAUAACAGUUGUCAAAGUCUAAACUGCAGGAUAAUCUUGGUUGUCAUGGCAAUCUAUUUCUAUAAACAAUUAACUAAAAUUUCUAGCAUAUAAUUAGAAUAUUAUGCACCAAGAAAUGUUUAGAAAAAAUUCUAAAAAAUUACUUGUGACUUAAUAAUAUAGUAAUGAACCUUGUAAACUGUGAGUUUUAAAAUGUUAAACUUUGCUGGUACUUGGAAUUAUAUUUACUUCUGGCUCAGGCCUCUUAUUAAAUGGUUUCUACAUCGAACGACUCGGCUCUGUGAGUUACAAAGAAUUUGUUACGGUUUGAAAUCUGGCUCUGAGAGAAUACGAGGUGUGGAGAACUCUUUGUAUUUAUCGAAAUGUAGGAACAUACAAUUGCUUAUACUUAGGCUAAAUGAGAUCUGUUUAGAAAUGUCAUUUCUUUCAAAUAAACAACAAAGUCUUAUUGAUGAAGCAGUUGUAAUCAUCAUGAACUCAAAAUGUAUUAAUCCUAAAAUUCACAAGCCAUUCAUCAAAUCAUUAGGAAAAUGCAUUGAACAAAUUUGGGGCUAUAAGCAAUUUUAUUAUGAAAUAGAAAAUCUUCGAGUAAUUCAAUAUGAUUCUGAUAAUGAACAACAUGAAAGUAAAUUAUACGAACUAUGGGAAUUACUUAUGCCUGACGUAGAUUUGGAAGCAAGGAUCACUAAACAGUGGCAAGAUAUUGGAUUUCAGGGGGAUGAUCCCAAAACAGACUUUAGAGGAAUGGGCUUGUUAGGUCUAGAAAAUUUGCUUUAUUUUGCCAAAGAACACACAAAUAUAAGUAGUCAAGUUUUAAGUCAUUCACUGCACCCACAAUAUGGAUACACUUUUGCAAUUGUUGGUAUCAAUCUUACAUCCAUGGCCUAUAAACUUGUGAAAGAUGGUAGCUUUAAAACACAUAUGUAUAACCUUGGCACACCGAAUCCAAAUAUUAACAUUUUUCAUGAAUUUUAUUCUUAUCUAUAUUAUGAAUUUGAUAAACAUUGGAUUUCGUCAAAGCCCAAGAGCAUUAUGUCAUUUUCAUUCAUUCAAGAAAGAUUUGAAAGAUGUAUUAGAGAAACAUUAGCACAACCUGAAAUAAUAUUGAAGAUCAAUGUUCCUGUAAAAAAUAUUUGA